GUAGAGGGGCAAAACAUCCCACUUUGAGAGCUGCAUUUGUUCAACUUGACCAACAGCAACCCGCCGGCCCAAGCGUUCGUGACCCCUGUCAGGUCGGGGCCAAAUUGAAGCUCCUGCCGCGCCAUACCGUGUUUGCCUUGCCUUGCUAGUAGCAACGACCGCAGCCAGGCGAACACCAGCUUCAAUAGAACCCCAUCCAUCACGAACAGCUCCACCACCCAACUUGACGACGAUCCGACUUCACAUAUCUACUGACCGCUCGAAUCGACCGUCAAUAUAGCUUUUGAUUGAGUCGCAACUUCUCUAUCCCCAAACCACCCGCAUUCUCCAUUCACCAUGUCCUCCCCCUUCUCCAUAAAUGGCGGCGCCUGCGUAGCCAUGGUGGGCAAGGACUGUGUAGCCAUAGCCUGCGACCUGCGCCUCGGGCUGCAAGCCCUAACGGUAUCCAACAACUUCCCCAAGGUGUUCCAGUACGGCGACGUGUUCCUGGGUCUGACGGGCCUCGCGACCGACGUCAUCACGGUCGCGGACCUGUUCCGGUACAAGGUCAACAUGUAUCGGCUGCGGGAGGAGCGCAACAUUGCGCCUACCACCUUCGCCAACCUCGUCAGCAGCAGCCUUUACGAGAAGCGGUUUGGCCCUUACUUCGUGUCCCCCGUGGUCGCAGGUCUCGAGCCCAAGACGGGACAGCCCUUCAUCUGCGGGUUCGACAGCAUCGGGUGCAUUGAUUUUGCCAAGGAUUUCAUUGUCAGCGGCACGGCGACGGAGCAGCUGUUUGGCAUGUGCGAGAGCUUGUGGGAGCCUGACCUGGAGCCGGAGGAUCUCUUCGAGACUAUCUCGCAAGCGCUACUGAACGCCGUCGACAGAGAUGCGUUGUCAGGAUGGGGAGCACACGUUUACAUCAUCGAGAAGAACAAGGUUACCAAGCGAUUACUCAAGGGACGACAAGACUAGGCGGUGAAGGGUUUGGGGAGUUUGGCUGGAUUGAUUCCUGAGACGCUGCAUCUUUGGGAAGUUUACUCAACGGCGAUGGACGUGCGGAUAAUAGACUACCAAUCAGAUGGCAAAGAAAGCUAUCUUGUACCAAUAAAUGUGAUCUCUGUGAGGUGGCUGCUAAUAGUUCAAACGGUAUUGGUAACAAGAC